AUGAAGUGGCAGAAGGUGGCGGCGGUGAUUCCUGGGAAGACCGUGAGUGACGUCAUCAGACAGUACAACGAUCUGGAAGCUGAUGUCAGCAGCAUCGAGGCCGGUUUAAUCCCGGUCCCUGGUUACAUCACCUCGCCUUUCACUCUGGAUUGGGCCGGCGGUGGUGGUAGUGGCGGGUGCAACGGGUUCAAACCGGGUCAUUCUGUUUGUAAUAAACGGUCUCAGGCCGGUAGAUCGCCGGAGCUGGAGAGGAAGAAAGGCGUUCCUUGGACGGAGGAAGAACACAAGCUAUUUCUAAUGGGUUUAAAGAAAUACGGGAAAGGAGAUUGGAGAAACAUAUCUCGGAACUUUGUGAUAACGCGAACGCCAACUCAAGUCGCUAGCCACGCCCAAAAGUACUUUAUCCGGCAACUUUCCGGGGGCAAGGACAAAAGGCGAGCAAGCAUUCACGACAUAACCACCGUGAAUCUCGAAGAUGAAGCUUCUCUGGAGAGCAGUAAGAGCUCAAUUGUUGUAGGAGAGCAGCGUUCAAGGUUUACCGCGUUUCCGUGGAAUCAAACGGACAACAAUGGAACGCAUGCGGAUGCUUUCAACAUAACGAUUGGAAACGCUAUUAGUGGCGUUCACUCAUAUGGCCAGGUUAUGAUUGGAGGAUUUAACAAUGCAGCAGAUUCUUGCUAUGACGCGCAAAACACAAUGUUUCAACUAUAGCUAAUGGAGAUCCAUCUCUAAUUAAACGGUGUAAGUGAAAUUCUUAAUUUUUCAUAUGGACGAAACAAUCGUAAUUGGCAAUUGUAAAAUAAACGUCCAUUGUUUUAAUUUCAAUAUCGAAAUAGUUAAUGGAAAGUCUCGUGACAGAGUUAAAUUGUUACUCGUUUUUUUCCU